UAAAUAAUUUAUAAUAAAAACGCAAAUUUACUACAUAAAGAGUGCGGCUAAUUAUAAAGUUGUUAUUGCAAGUGUUGCGCUUAAAGAAAAAUGUUUUGCGGCUGCCGUCAAGAGAGUUCAAUAAAUAUUGCUUUGCUCUCAUAAAUUACAGCAAUCUUUAUUUUCACAUUCACCACUGGACAUUAAGUUUCUUCAGUUUGUAAUGAUUUGAGUUGCAGUCGAAUAUAAGUUUUCAUUUAAUUUCUUGCACAAUUGACAAUAAAGCAGCAAAUAUAUAAUGGUUUAUCCAGAAGAACCGUUUUGGGCCUUACCAAUGGUAUCUGGUUUAUAUGAAGAUCGCGAUUAUAGGGUAAACGUUGUGGAAGCCUUACAAGAGUUUUGGCAAAUGAAACAGACGCGCGGCGUGGAGCUUAAGAACGGCGCUCUAGUUAUUUACGAAUCGAUACCAUCCAGUAGCCAACCCUACGUUUGCUUUGUUACCUUACCUGGAGGCAGUUGCUUUGGCAGUUUUCAGAAUUGUCCCACAAAAGCUGAAGCACGGCGCAGUUCAGCCAAAAUUGCUUUAAUGAACUCGGUAUUCAACGAGCACCCAUCUCGCCGCAUAAGCGAUGAGUUUAUUGAGAAAGCUGUGCAGGAUGCACGCGCUUCGUUUAAGGGCACAAGCCAGGCCAAUGAGCUGCCAGAGUCGGAGUCUGGCAUAGGCGCCUUUAGAUUCAUGCUGGAGGCCAAUAAGGGACGCACCAUGCUGGAGUUUCAAGAGCUUAUGACAGUGUUUCAGCUCUUACAUUGGAACGGCUCUUUGAAGGCCAUGCGUGAGCGCCAGUGUUCGCGGCAGGAGGUGGUGGCACACUACUCCAAUCGCAGUUUGGAUGAUGAAAUGCGUGCACAAAUGGCCUUGGACUGGAUAGCUCGUGAGCAAGAGAAUCCAGGUGUUUUAAGAAGGGAAUUGGUUUUGGCUGAACGUGAACUGGAGCAGGCACGCAUGGCUGGUCGGGAGCUACGUUUUCCCAAGGAGAAAAAGGAUAUAUUAAUGAUAGCACAUAAUCAGCUGGGUGGCAGCAACUUGGGCGCAGUAUCUAUUGAAAACUGAAAUAGCACAGAGCACAACUUUUCAAAACAAAAGUCUUACAGUUUAUAUUUAUUAUUGGCAUAUCCAUUAAAUGAUCUCGAGUGCUGUUAAAUCCGUUGAAUAUCAAUAUUAAUCAGAACAGUUAUAAUCAACAACUAUAUAACACUCUUAAGUGCAAAAUUAAUUCAAAAACAAAACAAAACGAAAAAAUUGUGAUUUUAAAUACUGCAUUUAUGGAAUUAUUUUGAGACUUUAUCUAAAUAGCAUAGUUAAAUUUUUUAUAUUUGCGUAAAGCGCCAAGCGCCGCACAAUUACACACUUUUAGUUUAAUUUAUCUUUUGUAUUGUAAACAAUAUGGUCUAAUUUGGCAAAGCAACUAUUUAUUUAGAAAUUUUCAUACUUAACUGUGACAAAUGAAAAAUGAAUUUGAUGUGUGCGUUAUGCUUAAAACGAAAAG